AUGGGUUGUGUUUGUGCAAAACCAAAACCACAAAGCAAUAAAAGCAUAAAAAAAGAGGAGAAUCAGGGCAUAAAAGCAAAUAGGUCCGAUUCACCAAGUUAAGAAAAGAAUAAUGCAAAGGAAGAGUUGCAUACAAAUAAAGAAGAAACUUAGAUGGAUCUUUUAUAAAAGAAAGAAAUUUAUAUAGAUGAGUACGAGGAAGAAGAAGUAAAUAGGUACGAAGAAUUUGAAUAAAAAGAUAGAGCACUUUUAGCUAAAUACUCAUAAGUUAUGGAUAGAGGCAAAAAGGUUAAACUUGAGAUUGAAAAUCAAAAAGAAAAGCCAAAACUCAAUUAAGGCUCAGAGAAGAGAUUCAAAGAGCUUUUGAAUUUAACUUAGAUGAUUGAAUCUAAUUUAGAAUAAUCAGAGCUCAUUCAAGGUAAAGAUAUUGUGAUAGUCCUAGGUGCUACAGGAGUAGGAAAAUCUACUACUAUUAACUACUUGCUCGGAAAGAAGAUGAUUUGGUCUAAGAUUUAAAACUAAACAAAAAGCUAUGUUUAUGAAGUAGAAGGAAUUACUGUGGCUAAAGGAGAGCAAGAGGCUGCUAAAAUAGGAACUAAACCAAUGGAAUCUUAAACUAAAACUAUUAACGUUUACAAUGUUUAGCAUCCAAAAGAUGAAAGAGAGCUUGUACUUUGUGAUACUCCAGGUCUUUUAGACUCUUAGGGAUCCAUAGUAGAUAUAGCAAACCAAGUUGGAAUAGUAAAAUCUUUAUAGUAUGCCAAAUCUAUUAGAGUUUUGUUGCUUAUCGGAUACAAGAAUCUUGUUUCUGUUGAAGGCAAGGGUAAGCUCAUAAAAGAAGUUAUUGAUUUAUAUAGCAAGCUAAUUAAGGACUAUGAAGAGUCUUAAGAAAGCGUGUUGAUUGGUUUCACCCAUUUAAAUAGCGAUACUACUCUUUAGCAGAUCAAUAAUUCUUUAAAAGCAAUGACUGAUUCUGUAAGCGAUGAUGAUAAGGUUUCCCAAUUUCUUCAUAUAUCAAUACAAAGCAUAGAAAAGAAAAACAAACUCUUUACACUUAUAAAGCCACUAAUAAGCGAUAAGAGAUAGAAUUUAAUCGACUCUCUUUUUAACAUAUAAGAAAUUCCUUAGGAAAGAGUUAAUUAGUAUUUUACAUAUGCUCUUGCAUAAAAUACAAAAAACGAAUUUGAACUUAUCCUUCAAAGUUAUUAAAAAGAUAUUUCAAAUUUAUUUUAGAGGGAAGAAUAUGAUCAAAUUACUAACAGAUUAAGUGUUCUCAAAAAACUAAACGAGCAAUUGGAAUUUACAAUUGUCAAGAAAUGUUAUGCUGAAAGCGUGCAAGCAGUGAUCAAUCUAGACUUAGUCAAGUAGACUUAAUCACUUUUGCAGAGAAUAACUUCCUUAUAGCAAGAAAUGGUGCAAAUCCUUUUAUAAAAUAUUGUUAAAGUUUCUAAUUAUCUGUGCUGGACAGAUUAAAUUAGACACGAAUACUAAGAAAUAAAUGAUUGCAUAAUUUCUUAUAAUGAUUUUAUAGACAUUCUUUCUAGCGCGCUAGAGGAAUGCCUUUAAUCUAUUGAAAAAACAGAAAAUUACAAAGUUACAAUUUAAGAUUUGUUAAAGCUUUAUUAUGUUUACUACUGUAGUGAAAUAGAAGAUACAUUCAAGGCCAAUGCUAAGACACUCCGUAUUUUCCAUAAAGGUUAGGUUAAAAUAAAGAGUAUUUACACAAAUAACUUUUAUACUGCUGCUUGCUUUUCUAUAAGCAAAAGAGUUAUAACUCUCUUGGAAUAGAUGGAUGAGUUAGUUAAAUCUAAUGAAGAAGUCAAUGUUAACGAUUUAGAAUCAAACUUAUCUAAGCUUAAAGAUUUGCAUGAAUAAUAAGUAGGAGAUCACCUCUAGUUAAAUUCUUAGCUGAUUUAUCAAGAGCAAGUAAAAAAAUGGUGUGAUUUCAUUUAGCAAAAGAAGACAGUUUUUGAAAUAGAUUAUAACAAAUACGAUUAAGUGUUAAAAAAUAUAGAUCAAAUGAAGAUAGCUUAUCACUUUUUAGCUUAAAUUAGCGGAUCAUAGAGACUAAUGAAUGAUCAUUUCCCAUAAUUUAAAACAGCUUAAAAAGACACUACACAAAAAUUAGUAUAGCAAGCAAUCAUGCUUUUUAAUAAAGCAAUUACUCAAAAAAAACUAGGACAUAUGGAAAAACCAAUUUAAUGUGCCAUGGAAAUAAUGAAUAUUAGCGACGAUAUAAGAAAUAAAUUGCAAGAAGCCUCUCAAGCACUCUUUGUUCAUUUAGGAUCAAUUGUUUAAAAGUUCGACAUGAAAUUCAGCAGCUGCUCUUCAUAGAUAAAAAAUUGUUUGAUCCCAAAAUACGAAACAGCUAAUAAGGACUUAUUUAAAAGCACAACAGAAGAUGAAUUCUAAAUUGUGAAGAAAAAAAUUAAUUCAAUCCAAAAAAUCUUUAAAAAGAUCACUAUGAAGUAUUACUAAUCAUUCAAAUUCUUUUAGAACUCAGUGACAAAGAGCAAAAUCGCAUUGGAGAUUUUUAUUGAAGAAGUUAUGAAGUUCACACAAGACCAAGUUAAUGAAUUCAGAAAUCCUACAGGAAUUUUAAAUGGCUUAUUCACUUUAAAGCAGUCUUCUAUACUCUUAAAAGACUACACUAAUAAAAAAUUUGACGAAAUAGCAUUUUAGGAAAUGAUUUCUCUUAUUUGCAACAAUAUAAACACAAAAUUUUCUUUAAUAACUAAAAUGGUAAACAGCAUUCAAAUCCCUAAUAACAUUGAUGAUACUUACAGAAAUAUUGAGGAACAAAUCAAGAAUAUCAGCCAUUUACUCUAAUUCAUUUAAAACCUUUCAAAUUAUAUUUUAAAUUUUGAAGAUAAAAAUCAAAACACAAUUGAGUCUCUUAUUCAAAUGGUUACUAAUUGCUAGAAUGGAUUUGCUUAAUAAUUAUUCAACAAGCUUAAAUCUAAUAUGUAUGAUUUCGAACAUUAAAAGCUACCAUCUGAUGCUAUGAGAUAAAAGAUCAUUCUCGAUUAACUAUAAAAACUUAAAGAAUACAAUUACAGCUAUUCUCUACUUAAAGUUGAUCUAUACGAACAUGUCUUAGAAAAAUCUAUUUCUGAGUAAUCUAGACUUAUUAAGGAAAUCAGUGACUAUUUGUCAGACAAUCCAUCUUUACCUGAUGAUUUUAAUUAAGAAAGUGCUUAGAAAAAUCUUACUUUGAUUAGAUAAGCCGGAGUACUUUAUCUAACCCAUUUCAUUGGAAGACUAGAUAAUCCUGCUGAUACUCUUCAAAGUGAAUUGACUAUGAAAUAAAAAGGAUUGGAUAAAAAAGUCAAAAGCAUGGUUAAGCAAUCUGAUUAUGACCAAAUAUUAGAGUACAUGAGAACCAUGAGUGAGGAUAACGAAUCUUAUAAAUCAAUAAAGAAGAUUUUAAAGGAGAAGGUUAAUAUGCUCUUCGAUUAAAUAAUUAAAUCCUUCACCAAAAGAAAUAUUUUGGAUGACAUUUAUAUUAAUAAAAUUAAACAAGACAUAAGAAAUUUAGAAUAAUCUAAAUAGAAGCUGUCACAAAUUAAAUUCAAAAAUUUUAGCAUUGAAAAAUUCUUCCCUCAAAUAACUCAUCACUUGACUGCCUUUUUAUAGAAAUAAGUAAAGAGAUUUGAAGAAAAAAUAGCUACUUAAAAAGUAGAGAAGGCCAGCCGUUGCUUGAUGGUUGUUUGUAGAGUUGUGUAGAAUUUUUAGAGCUAUAUUAGACCCGAGGAUAACUAACUACCUGAUAAAAUGAUCAACCAAAUGAAGCUCUGUCUGCGCUAAAUAGAAAACUAAAUUGACAUUAAAAACAAACAACAAACAACUUCCAUUCUCCAAGUUCUUUAGGUACUAGUACAGAACUAACACCAAUACAAGGAUGAAUAUAAUUUAAUCUUAUAAAAAGUGAAUAAAUAAAUUUUGGAACAAGCAGCAGUGUUCGUAAACACAAAGAUAGAUUCAUAAAACGAAGAAAUAAGCGUCCAAGCUAUAGCUGAAACUCUUAAGGGUGAAUAUUAGUAUUUACUUAUGUACACUUUAGAUAACUAUAACUAGCAUUAUCUAGCUUUCUUCUAGCCCAUAUUGAAGAGAAUUUAAGAUGAAAUGUUAGAUGUGAGAAAUAUGUUUACUCAACGUAAGAUUACAAACAUCCUCAAUUUAAUUAAUGGAUCUAAAAGUUCAAUAGUUUAAAAAGAGGUCUGUAAUUAAUACAAUAAUCUCUGUGAUACUUUCUUUGAUUUACUCCAAAAUAGAAAUUAUAAUGGCACUUAAGAACUUCUCAAAUUCCUCUCAUAAAUUGCUGACGGUAUUCGUUCUUUCUCCUACAACUCCUUGAAACAGAAAUAUUUUGAAUUGUAAGUUUGCAUAGAGUAAGAAUUUAAUAGGUUACAAACUUCAACUGUACAAAGUCUAAACUAAAUUGUUUUUGAGAGAGAAUCUGAAGGAAUUUAUGAUGUUGUUUAAUUUUAUUAAUUCAACUCCUUAAUGGCUUAAUUUAACUUUUAAUAUGUCAAACAUGAAUAAUUCAAUACAUAAUCUUGCCAAGUCUUCGAUAAAAUAUAAAAAUAAUUAAAACAGUCUGUAUCUCUUUUGCAGCACACUGUCUUUAACAAUACAGUAAAACUAAUUGAUUUCAUUGAAUAGACAAGGGUAAGUUUGAAUGAUUAACAAAUUAAUGUAAUCUAAAUCUACAAGAAAUAUUUAUCUGAUAUGCAAUCAACUCAUUCACAUGUUAGCAGCUUCAACGAUCUCAAUAAAUUAGUGAAUGAUGGAUGCUGGACUAUCUAAUAAGUUAUAUCUGAUUUACUUAAUGCAAAGAAAAAUGAAAUUGUUAAUGGAAUCAAUUCGUUACUUAUACAAAAAAAUUACAAGGAAACUUCAAGAAUUUUAAGGUAAGUAGAGGAGUUCUCAAAGAAAAUUUAAGAGAGCUCUGUUAAUAUGAACACUUCAGACAUCAUGAAGGUAGUAUUUAGAAAAUACGAAGAGAAAGCAAUAGAAGCUCAAAGAAGAUCAAAGGAUAAGUAUGAUUCUAAGCUAUUUGCAUUGAUAGAAGAUUUAUCUGAAAUAGAAAAAUAUUUUAAGGAAAUCAUAGUUCAAAUCUCCAACUAUAAUGCAUCAGAAGAAAUAAUCAACUAAAUUAAAUUAUCUAUAGCCCAAUUAACUAAACAAAUUUAUUCCUAAAAUUUCGAGGAUGAAUCAGACGUGAGAGAGUUUGUUGCAUCUAUUAUUAAUAUCAGAUAAAUAGCAUUCGAAAUAGGACAAGUCCAUGAAUUCACUCUUGAAUAAAUAAGUGAGCUUAUCACAACUAAAUUUUAAUAAUUUACACCUCAAUUCAUUUCAGAUGUUUCAUCUAAGUUGAGAUAAGAUAAACUUGGUUUAUUGAUAAUCUAGGAAAAUAGUAAAAACUUCGAAGGUCUUCUUAACAAGAUGAUUGAGGAACUUUCCAAGAAUUAAUUCAGCUUGGAAUAUGUAAACAAUAAUAUUAAAGGUGAAAAAUUCAUUGCAAGUGAGUUUUCAAUCCAAUAUAAAUAUUAUGAAGAGUGCUGGAAAAACCUCCUAAGCAAGUGGCACUAAGGAGAUCUCAAAGCAGAAACUAUUUUAUAAAAGACAAAGUCUUUGUUUAAAAAAUUCUGCUCAUCCUACUAAGUCGAUUACUUGAAUCAAAAGUAAAUCACUUGGUCAGCAUCAUAGAAGUAAGAUCUUUCUAUCAUGCUAGCUCACUUGAGUACUUUCUGGUCUAUAGUAAACUGCCAAAGAAGAGAAGACAGUUUCAGAAAAUUGCAUCCUGUUUAAGUUUCAACUGUAAUGAGAUUGCUCUCAAUAGAUACAACAACUACUUAGAUGCCUAUUGAAAACCAUCUAGUUUAGGUAAAGACAGGUGAAGGUAAAUCUAUCAUUUUGGGAAUUACUUCUUGCUUCUUAGGCUUACUAGGAUUCUAUGUAGAUUGCUGCUGCUACAGUAAUUAUCUAAGUUAGCGUGAUUUUUAGAGCUUCAGUCAUAUUUUCUAGCAAUUAGAAAUUGAUAAUGUAAUUAAAUAUAACACUUUUGAGAAAUAAUUCGAAGAUAUAAUUAAUGAUCCAGAAGAUAUGAGAUAAGUCGGUUUAGAUUUACUUGAUAAUAAGUUACAUAAAAAGGUACAGAUAUAAAGAUAAGGGUCUUUGGGCAGUUAACCAAAGAGAAGAAUUCUUCUUAUUGAUGAAGUAGAUUUCUUUUUCGGUGAAGAUUUCAUUGGUCGUACUUACCCUGUUGCACUCUAUUACAAUAAUCAAGAUGUUAUUGAUAUUUUGAAAUAUAUCUGGUAGAAUAGAGCUGUUCAUAUCGAUAAGUUUAAGUAAACACAAGUAUAUAAAAAGCUAUUUUAGAACAAUCCAAAUUUAGUUCCUUGGUAAGCAUUUAUUGAUGAACGUAUAAAAAUGAUGUACGAAGAUGUAAAUAAUCUUGAAGGCCACAGAUAUUUGACAUAUACUCCUUCUGGAAAAAGCAAAACAAUUAUUUGCUAUAAAUCUCUUGAUGGCAUUUCCUUCAAUACAGUCAAAGGAUACAAAACAGCUUUUGCUUAUAUCUAAGAGUGGGAAAAGAAGAAUAUAACAGAAGAUGUUAUGAAUGAAAACCUUUCAUUUAUAAUUAAUGUAGGCUGCUUCUCAUUCGCUUAGAUACCUUAGGAAUAUCAACUGGUAUUGGGAGUCAGUGGUACUUUAGAAGAUAUGAGUGAUUAUCAGAAAAAUUUAACUAGAAAUCUCUUCAACAUAAGAAAAUUAACAAUCUCCCCAUCAAUUUAUGGGUAGUCUAAAUUUUCUUUUAAAAAAGAAAAGGACGUAGUUGUAAAAGAGAAUAAGUUCCUUUAUCAUUUAGAAAUAUAAUCUCAAAUAGAAAACGUUAUGAAGUAAAAUAGAUCAGUAAUAGUAUUCUUUGAGUCGAAGAGGGCAUUAGACAUUUUUAAAAAUGAGUUUAAAACAUAAUACGAUUAUUAAGUUCUUUCUGAAGAAACUAAUUUCAAAGGACACACAAUAGUUAAAGCAGGUUCUAUGAGCAUGAUAACACUCGCAACAAAGCCUUUUGGUAGAGGCUGUGAUUAUAUCAGCACAGAUCCUGAGCUGGAUAAGAAUGGUGGUAUUCAUAUUAUCUAAACCUUCCUCUCUGAAGAUCUAGCAGAAGAGACUCAAAUAAAAGGUAGAACUGCAAGACAAGCUUAAUGUGGUAGCUACAGUUUAGUAGUCAACAGAGAAGAUCUUGUACUAAACUUUAAUCUAAAUGCUAGUGUUAAAAAUUUCUCUUAUGAAUUCUUACACCAAUUGAGAUAAACCACCUAAAAAAACAAAGAAAAAUCUUUAUCAAUAAAGCUUGAAGAAACAAGCUAAUCUCACAAGGAAUCUAUGCGUCUAAAGCAAAUUUUGCUAAAUUAUUCUCCUAAUAACAAUGAAGAAAUACAAGAAAUAUUAAUCAAAUUUAACAGGGUCACAGACAGAACUGAGAAUAAAACAAAUAUGUAUAAUUUCUAUAGUGAUUUAGCAGGUAAAAUUGGUAUCUAUGAAAAUAAUUUCGAGUACGACGAGUAUAACAAUCCUAAAAAUGUUGGUUUGGGUAGUGACAAUUCAUAUAAUGAUCUAUCACUAUUGAUAGGUCUAUUUUAUCCAGAAGAAGGACUAGAUGAAGACAUUAAUCAUUUAUUAAUACCAACAUUAAGAAAGAAGGGUUUCAAAGUUUGUGAAGUCGUUGUUACUGAGCAGGAAUUUAUCGUAAAGCUACCUUAAUUCGAUUAAGCUUGGGUUAUAAGUGGAUAUAAGUUCCACUCUCAUAGAAUGGAAAGCAGAUUCUAAGAUGCUAUAGAAUAUCACUUGAAACAACAAAAGGGUUUGAUGAUUUGGGCUGAUAAUAAUCCUUAUAUUGUGCAUGCAAAUCUGAUACUUUAAAGAAUUCCAGUUGGUUAUUAUAAUAGAUAACCUAUCUUUAUUAAAUUAGAUGGUUCUGAUUAUGGUGAUUAGGUCUUAAAGGCUGGUGAUUACUUUGAAACUUAAUAGUUCGGUCCACAUUUAAUUACUACUGGUAUCAAUAAUCUCCACGAGGGUAUUACUAUCUGCUAUCCUUAAGUACUGAGCAAUACACCAAAAGAUAACUUUGGCCAUCUUAAUAUUAUCGGAUUAAGCAGUGCUUCCAAGCCAUGUUUCUUUGUGCUCUCCGGAACAGAGGAUAGAGGUAGAAUUGUAUUUGAUUGUGGUUUUACAAAACUAAUGAGAGAUUAAUGGAACACUGCUGGUACAGUUACCUAUGUAACUAAUUGUUAUGCUUGGCUAUAUUGGAAGGAAAGAUUCGUAUAAAAUUUAUGA